GUAAGCUGCACGAUUUACCAGAAGAAGAAAGGUCAUCAUGUCAUAUGUAGAAUAGUUUGUUUUUAUUUAUGUGUACAAUCAACGUUUUCUUAUUAAUGAUUUCAGUUCCAUCACACACGAUUUUAUAGAUAUAAGCAGGACGCAAACCUUAGCUUACGUCUCACAGAAUUUGAGUUGUCAAACAAAUGGAGGUGUUUAUGCAUCACUGUCAUCACAAGCUCCCAACCCUCCUGUCCAGGACUCUCUUCAAAGCUGUAAAGAGAUGCCACAUCAGCUGUGCCAUUCAAACUUCUCCCCUCGUCUCUGUCCCUUCCAAACCAACCAUUCCACCACCACUCGUGUCUCGCCUCUUCCAGCCGUCCAACUUCCGGGAGGGUCAGGAGGGAGGAGACUUGACCUGCCGCAGCCAGAGACUGAUGCUGCAGACAGGACUUAUCCAUCCCUCCAACCCUGGCUGCUUCUAUUACUUACCGGUCGCUCUGAGGUCCAUGGAGAAACUGGUUCGGCUCAUUGAUGAAGAGAUGCAUGCGAUCGGUGGGCAAAAAAUUGACAUGCCGGCAUUGUGCAGUGCAGAACUCUGGAAGAAGAGUGGCCGCUGGGAGCUUAUGGGGAAAGAGAUGUUCAGGUUGCUUGAUCGACACAAUGCUGAAUACUGCCUCGGACCGACUCAUGAAGAAGCAGUCACAGAGCUCUUUGCUUCCCAGACAACAAUAUCCUACAGGAAGCUGCCACUUCUGCUGUACCAGGUAACGCGCAAGUUCCGUGAUGAACAGAAGCCGAAGUUUGGGCUCCUACGUGGCCGGGAGUUCUAUAUGAAAGACAUGUAUUCAUUUGACAUUAAUGAAGAGGCGGCUCUUCAAACGUACCACUCUGUGUGUCAGUCCUAUGGAAGGAUAUUUGACCGACUGGGCUUGAAGUGGGUGCAGGUACAGGCUGCCACCGGCAACAUUGGAGGCACACUUUCCCAUGAGUUUCAGCUGCCUGCAGACAUUGGCGAAGACCAGUUACUUGUUUGUGGGAACUGUGGCUUCUCUGCCAACAUUGAAACCAUGGAACAAGGCCAGACUGAGUGCUCACAGUGCCAAACAGGCACACUGACUGAAUCCAAGGGCAUCGAAGUGGGGCACACUUUUUACCUCGGUGCAAAAUAUUCACAGGCAUUUAAGGCCCUGUUUGUUAAUGCAUCCAAUGUGCCCGCAGUGGCUGAGAUGGGGUGUUUUGGACUUGGUGUCACUCGAAUACUUGCCGCUUCAAUAGAGGUGAUGUCAUCUGAGGAUGCUAUUCGCUGGCCUGGGUUGAUCGCUCCUUAUCAAGUGUGUGUCCUGCCACCUAAAAAGGGCAGCAAAGCAAAUGAAGCCACACUAGUGGCUGAGAAACUGUCUCAAAGCUUGGGAAACAGUCUACCCAACUUGAGAGGAGAGGUGGUACUGGAUGACAGGGUUCAGAUGACCAUUGGAAAACGACUGAAGGACGCAAAGAUUUUAGGAUAUCCAUAUGUGGUAGUGGUAGGACAGAAAGCUCUGGAGGAUCUGCCCAGCUUUGAGGUGAUUUGUCAGCAGAGUGGAGAAACCAUGUUCCUUAGUAAAGAGGGCCUAGUGGAUCUUUUAAGUAAAGCUGAAACUAUCUAAUCUAGUUUUAUUUAAAAUAAAUAAAUAUAUAUAUAUAUAUAUAUAUAUAUAUAUAUAUAUAUAUAUAUAUAUAUAUGUUUACAUUUUAAAGGCUACUGAUGUUCAGGCGAAUUCAAUCAUUGCUUGUGUCUAUAAUAAAAGUAUGAGAUGUGGAAAUCCCUCUUAUGUUAUAAUAAGGAAAUGCUGAUAAUAAAAUGGGUUUGUUUG